UGUCCGCUACCAGCGCCGGGAGUGACCGCUGUGUGGGGAGUGAAGGGUUACUUUUGGAACACCCAUUACAUCAUGAUAUAGCGGCCAUGACCUCCAUUAAAAUCGCUUACCUUACGGUUGAUCAUCCUCAUCGUUAAGGGUUCAAGAAACUCCACCCGAACGCCUACAAAAUGCCUGCGCCAGCCCCGAUCCAAGCCCAAACCCUCGACAAGUUCCUAACUGCAUGGCAAAAUCAGAAUGCCAAAGACACUGUGGGCUUCUGGUCGGAUGAUUUCAAACAGAGGCUGUUGCCCUUGUCAUUGCAAGCCCCCGUGAAGUCCCGUGCCGAGGCCGAGGUCAUGAACGGCAAGCUUAUGGAGUUGUUGACGAACUGGAAGCUGGAAAUCAGAGAGAUCGUCCACGACGCCCCAAAGGGUACUGCAGCUGUGUACGCAACGUCCCAAGCGGAUACGCCGAUCCCGGGAGAGAGGUGGACCAACGAGUACACGAUCUUUGUGUCAUUUUCCGAGGACGGGAGUAAAAUUACUAGGCUGGAGGAAAUGGUGGAUACGGCCUUCUAUCGGGAUCUAUUCCCCAAGUUUCAACAGUAUCUCAUGGCACAAGCCACUGCCGGUGGCCACGGAGGACACCAGGGGUAGCAGUCGGGCCGGAGUUACCAAAUAGCACUUGACCUUA